UUAUGGAAUAAAUAGAAUUAUGAAUGUGUGACAUCCUUUUUCGAUUAUUACAUGAACGAAACUAUUGCCUUAAAUGAAUUUCGGGGCAAUACUUGGGAUGAAUAUUUUGAAAAUCUUGACAAAUCCCAAAAUUUCGUUACUCCAAACGUAAAUACUCAUAUUUCAAAAUUUAAAUUUAAAGAUUUAAUUUAUUACGGGCAUUUUUCACCUUGCUGGAAUCAAAACUUUAACCUCGUUAUAUGUGAUAUAUGUUCAAAAGUAUUAUUACCUCAAGCAUUUUCAAGACAUUUCCGAAAAAGGCACAGUGAUAUUUUACCUAACGAUGGACUACUCGAGGACCACACGGUAAAAUUUACAACCUCUACCAAGUCUACUUCUUUUUGUUCUCCUUCUGUUAAACUUAAAAUUCCCAUUUGCUCAAACUAUGACAAUAAUAACGUUAUUAACGUUCCAAAUCUUAAAUAUUCACGAACAGUGCGACAAAAUAUCAAAAGUCUUCGAGAUAAACUGGUAUCUAACGAUAAUAUCAAUACAUACGAUUAUAAUUUGAUACGCGGAGCUAAUGAUAAUACUACAAAUUGUAUUUGCAAUGAUGCCUAUGGGAUGGCUAGGAAAAGGCCAAAAGUUCCUGGGAGAAAAGCAAGUUCCAAAGAAAGUGAUAACUCAGUUAAAACUACUCGCGAUAUCAGUAUCAUAUCACGGUUCCUCCAUCCUUCAGCUUCAAACAUCUCUAUAAUAAAUUCUUCGCCCUUGCCUUCAGUUCACACGAAUCAGCAACAGUUCUCUCUACCUAAGAUUUCUUAUAAUUUGAGAAACGCCAACAACGAUUACCUUAAUUAUUUCAAAGACGACUCAAACGAUCUACCUGCCUUCUAUACCAAAAAACAUUUGGAACCAAAUUUAGAUGAACAUAAUAUUACCAUUCUAGGUGGGGCACCAUUUUCUACAUCACUAAAUAAUAAUAUCUCUAAACAACCCAGUCUUAAGCUAGUUUUUAGGAAGGUAGUUAGGAAAAAUGACGAUCCGUUAGAUACAAACAAUUUAAGCGAUAACCAAAGUAAUUGUCAAAGUUCAAAAUACAAUUCACAUAUCUCAAAUGGAAAUAAUAGUAUUGGAAACAUCGAUUAUGUUCAAAGUUAUGAAGUCGUACCUAACCUUUCUUCUAAAAACAGCCCACCAAACUUUGGCAAAUGUCAUGAAAUUAAGUGCGAAGAUGAAGAAAUGCCACUUGCUCUUUUAUUGGAAAUGUCGCAUUAUUCCAAUAUCUAUAUUGACCGCAUCGAAUUCGAAAGCGAAGAAGAGAGAAAUAACAUUAGGAAAAUCAGAGACCUUAACCGGACGAGACUUAAAUUGGAAGAAAGAAUUUCUCGACUAGAGCGUGAAUUAGUUCGCUACGAUGAGCUUAUGCACUGUUCCGAAUCCAUCGAUAUACAAAACGAACACUUUAUCGAUAUUUUAAAACCAUUAACCAAAAUUUGUGAUCAAGAGUUUAACGGCAAUAAUAUCGACGAUAGAGUCCGGAGCUUCUCGACAGAAUCUGCUUACGUCGAUAUUGAUAUUAGUAAUUCGAACCAAUCACCUUAUUAUGUCAGUGCUAUAAUCGAUUCUGAACCAAACGCAAUCAAACUUGGCGACAUAUUUUUAACGAACAAGAAGAAAAGGGCUGAAAAGGACAAGAAAAUGAGAAGGAAAAAGAAAAAACAUAAAAUGGAAGAUUUUGAGUGUCCCGAUAACGCCAGUAAUGAAACUCAAUCCAUACCUUUCACAAAGGAAUUAUCGAAUCAUACAAUCAUUCCAAGUUUUAUCACUUCUGCUCACGAGAACCCAAACAUACAUUUCUCCGAAACAUACUAUCCUUCAUCUAGCGACUCAAUAUUAACCAUAUAUACAGAUACGCCAAAAAUAAUAUAUUCUCAGUCCGUUCCUGCUAAUUUGCACGAUUUAAUAUUACUAAACAGCAGCUUAUUUUGUCAAAACAUGACAAUUCUCAAUGGCUAUGAUACCGCUAGCUCGAAUAUCGAUUAUUAUCCUCAUUCUAGCACGUUACAAAACGAAGAUAAUAUACCCACUUCUCAAAUCGAGUUUUCUUUGUCCGAUUCUUGUCACGCCGAGACCAUCAUAAGAUCGCUAAAUAUUAUCGAAAAGAAUUGCAGAAACAUGGAGGAAAAAAAGGAUCCAUCCAAUAAUUACCACCUACCCAAUAAAUCGUUUUACAGCCCUGUCAAAAAUAAUAUUCCUUUAUCGCGUUCUUCAAAUUUGCUUCCAAUAAACGAAUCGAUCCAAUAUCCCACAACACUUUUAGCUUCUGUUAUGCAUUUUAAUUCCAAUUUUAUUCCCCAACCUCAAAUGGGUAAUAAUAAUUUUUAUACGGCGAAUUCUGCCGAUCUUUUUUCGAUAUCUCACUCGGGGCCCUUUUGCCAAAAAUUGCCUACCUUUUUGCACACUGACACGCCUCACCAUUCAUUUUCAUUUCAAUCAUCCUAUUCUGGAUUUCCCUCUGGCAGCAGCCAGAACUACAACAACGAUAUUUCGGAGCCGGGACAUAACCUUAAUAAUUUAAUUGAUAAAAAAUCGCUUCCACACUUCUACCCGCAUUUAUAUAACCCGAUAAUAGAAAUAUCACCCAAAAAAACUCUUUGUUAUCCACCUUAUCCCCUUGCGACAACUACAAAUUUAAAACUUACAAAUUCUGAUUUAAUUUCGCCCUUGGACCCAUUGAAACAGAAUACCAUUCAUUAUCAUUAUUCGCAACUCCUACGCGACAGGGUAUCCAACGAAUCACCUCUUUUUCAAAAGAUCCGAGAAUUAAAUACUCUAGCUCCUAUAAAUUUGAUAGCCAAGAGUUUUGACAAAUCCGAAAAUAUACUUCACAACACCCAAAACAACACCUAUUAUCCUAAAAAUGGAUAUGUAUCUCUAAACCCCUAUAAUUCUUAAAUGUCAGCUUGAAUUAUAUGCAUUCAACCUGAUUUUUAACGUAAAUUAGUUAAUCUUAAUAGUAUGUUCGUGAUCUUAUAUUUUUAUAUAUUCACAAUUUGAUAUUAUUCAGCAUUACUUUAUGAUAUUUCUUCCAUCAAUUCGUUUUUUUAGUGAUACUAUUUACAAAUUAUAUUUAUGAUUAAAAUAUUUUUUUAAACUAUUUUACAAAUUCUUGAUAACAUGUGUAACUGGUGAAUCCUUACUAAAACAUUUUGGCCUUGCCGCGCUUUUAAAAAACACUCCAAAUAAAUAAAUUAAGGAAAUUAUUAAUAUUAUGGUAUUUAUUAUCGCAUUUUUUGAGCAAAAUGUAAACUUUUGUUUCAUACGUAUUGCUUUUGAUCUUAAUAUACACAUCUUGAUAAUUCAAACAUUGAUAAAAAUAACACGCUACUAAUCGGAACCUAUAGUAUUGUUUUAAUAGUUAUAAACAUAGUGACCAUUCUCCCCUCCCCCACAAUAUUAUCUUUAUUUAUAUGAUAUAUACGCAAAGAAUUAUAAUGUAAUAAUAUAUAAUAAAAUUAAUUUCAACUGCCGUCAUUAAAUUAUACAUAACACAUUAAACAUAUUAUAUCGCGGAUAUAUUUUGAAGAAAAAAAACCUUACGUAAAAUAAAAUUGCAAAAUUUGUGAAUAAUUUUUUUA